AUGUAAACAUGACAUGGUAAUAGUUAUUUAUUAUCUUUCAUCCCAUACAGCUAACGCCAUAUAAACCAUAGUGAGGGCUCAGUCAUCUUGUGGACACUGACUGAAAAUGUCUGUGAAACUCAUUACUGUGGACGAUUUCGAGCAACAUGCGAAGUGUUUUCUGAAGAAAUCUGUAUUUGAUUAUUACCGAUCGGGGGCAGAAGAUCAACAAACCCUAGCGGACAAUGUAUCAGCAUUUUCCAGAUGGAGGCUGAGGCCGCGUGUUCUCAGAGAUGUUUCUGCCACUGAUCUCUCAACAACCAUACUAGGACAGAAAGUCAGCAUGCCAAUAUGUGUUGGAGCAACAGCAAUGCAGCGGAUGGCCCAUCCUGAUGGAGAAACGGCAACUGCACGAGCUUGCAGUUCAUCUGGGACAGGAAUGAUGUUGAGCUCAUGGGCCACUUCGUCCAUUGAAGAGGUUGCAGAAUCUGCACCUGACUGUCUACGCUGGAUGCAGCUGUACAUCUACAAAGAUCGCAACCUAACAAAGUCACUGGUGCAGAGAGCUGAACAAUAUGGCUACAAAGCGAUCUUCUUAACAGUGGACACUCCUUAUCUAGGAAGGAGACUUGAUGAUGUGCGGAAUAAGUUCCAACUCCCUCCUCAUCUCAGGAUGAAAAAUUUUGAGACUGAAGACUUGGCAUUUUCAUCAAAACAAGGCUACGGAGAUGACAGUGGUUUGGCCGUGUAUGUAUCUCAAGCUAUAGAUGCUUCCAUCAAGUGGGAAGACAUUGAAUGGCUUAAAGGAUUAACCUCUCUGCCUAUAGUAGCCAAAGGGAUUUUAAGAGUGGAUGAUGCUAGAGAAGCUGUUAAGCGCGGGGUAAGCGGCAUCCUGGUGUCUAAUCAUGGCGCACGUCAAUUGGAUGGAGUUCCAGCUACAAUUGAUGUGCUUGAGGAAAUUGUGAAAGCAGUGGAUGGGAAAGUUGAAGUAUAUCUUGAUGGUGGAGUAAGGAAAGGAACAGAUGUUCUGAAGGCUCUGGCAUUGGGUGCCAAGGCAGUUUUCAUUGGAAGACCUGUAUUAUGGGGAUUGGCAUAUCAGGGACAACAUGGCGUGGAAGAAGUUCUUAGUAUACUUAAGGAAGAAUUCCGCUUAGCAAUGGCUCUUUCAGGGUGCUGUAAUGUGAAAGAAAUAGACAAGUCAUAUGUUCAUGAGGACCGCUUUCUUUCGAAAAUAUAGAACACUAUAGAACACUGAAAAACCAAUAGAGGCCAGAAUCCAUGGGUCCAGAAAAAUGAAAUGUAAAGCGACUGAAGACAAAAACACUGAUGUAGUGGAUGGUGAAAAUAAGUUAAAAAAGAACUUUGUAUUGGUUGUGAUAUUUUCUGUGUAUCUGUGUAUGUUUUUAUGAAAUAAAUUAAAUCAAG